GAAAUACCAUACAAUGUGUGACUUUUGUCACGUUAUAAAUAUAGUCGUCAUCACGCGAGCUACAGCAUUCAUUUCACAUGCACCCGUGGAUUAUCUCCGAUCAAAAUGCUACGUUUUGUGCCAUUAAUUUUGUUGAUGUCAACCAAAAUCAACUGCAUUCCAAUCGAUUCUACGAAGAGCGAACCAACACUUAAUAGGCCCUCACCCAUCAACCCAGAAGUUUUAGGCGAUCCAAAACCGAAAGAAUCUAUUGACAGUAACGUGCUAAGUUCUGCAAAAAAAAAUCCAGCGCUGAAAUACGAUCAGCAAAACAAUAUUUCGAAGCGUUUGUCUACUACCACCGUGGAGCCGGUUUCUCUUAAAACUCCAAUUGUUCAUCCAUCCGGGGCAAAAACGAAACGAAGCACAGACGAAUCUUCUACUAAAAGCUCCACUAGCCGUCCAACCAGUACACGUGCACCGUUCAUUAGCAGCAGUAACGACGAUUACGAUAAUAGUGGUCCUCAUUUUGUGCGACCGGUACCAGUAGCAGAAAUUCUCAAGAAUCUUCAUGAAGCACCCAGACAAACCCAUGCACCAACACUUUUUUUGCAUCAAGGUAAUACCGCAGCAGAAGCUACAACCGAUACUUCAACAAGCACGACAGUAAGUGCACAGCACAAUGACCACAAGGCGAACGGCAAGACUCCGGAGUCUGAAGAGGCAGAAAAGGACGAUCAAUCUAGUUAACUUGUGAUUUGUUGCCAUUUAGAGAAAUCGGAUACAGUUGUGAAUAUUAAAUAAUAAAUAACAGUAAAUUUCUGUA